UAGUUUGUUGUGUAGUUUGCUGGCUAACGCUAUCUACCUAUUUGACUAGCUAACAGGAAUUUCAAACACAUUCCACUCCAGUGGGUUGUCUACUAUUCUGCUGCCUAGCCACAGCAGUGUUUGCUUGACAUUAUUCUCUCUUUGUGGUGGUAAUUGGCAGGCACAGUGAAACCGUUUACUACUAGAUAAUAGUUGUCAUCGUACUUGCUAAUAGUCAGCAUGAGUCCAUUUUAUGUGGAUUGUUGCAUGAGUAAUCACCGUUCGCGUCUCUCCAAAAUGACAACAGAGCAUGAGCGUGGUGUCGUAGUGACCCAAGAUACGACCUGUGAGGACGACAGAAUGGCAGUGCAUAAUACUGAGCCUUUAGAGGGUGUUGGUCAGAGUGAGAGUGCUGCAGAGGACCACGACGAAGACCAGGAUGAGGAGAAUGGUUCAGAGGGGAGCCAGGAGCAAGAUGCCAGUAUAGCCAAUUCGGUUGAAGAGGAAGAUGGACAAGACCCUAAAAAGAAAACUUUGCCAGGAAUAGUAUAUAUAGGUCAUAUACCUCCUAGGCUAAGACCCAGAUAUCUUAGGACCAUGCUUGGUGCUUACGGUGAAAUCGGGAGAGUUUUCCUUAAUCCUGAAAGUCGAUUGGUCCGCAGGAAGAAAAAGAAAACCGGAAGCAAUGCCAGCCAUUUUACUGAGGGCUGGGUGGAGUUCAGAGAUAAGCGCAUAGCCAAAAGGGUGGCCGUCACCCUGAAUAACACACCCAUUGGAAACCGAAAGAAAAGUCGUUUUGCUGCUGACCUCUGGGCCAUAAAGUAUCUACACAGGUUUAACUGGUGCCACCUGAGCGAGCGGCUGGCUUACGAACAGACUGUGUACCACCAGCGCAUGAGGACGGAAAUUGCUCAGGCCAAGAAGGAGACCAACUUCUACUUGGCCAGUGUGGAGAAGAGCCAGAACCUGGACAAGAUCCGGAAAAAGAAGGAGAAGAAGGGCGAGAAGAUGGAGGAGAAGUCGUGGGACUUCAAACAGCGGCGCACCGAGGUAGAGAUUCAGAUGGGCAAGAACAAGGGCCUGUCAAAGAAGAACCUACAGAAGGCUCAGGAGAAAGCCAAGGUCAUCCAGCAGAAGGCCCAGUCCAACACCUCUCUGCUGGCCAAGAUCUUCAACAGUGGAAGAGCACAGGACUGAUGGACUUCAGGAGUCAUACAUCAAUAUUUGGAUAAACUGGGUAUACAUAGACUUUACCAGGAUCAGAUGUGUGGCACUGGUAUUGUGCUUCCUCUGGUCUUUCAGACUAAAUGGAUCUGCCCAGAAACCUUUGGAAUAUUUUUUUUCCAUAACUCACCUGACAAUGAGUGCUAUCCAGGUCACUUACAAAUGAACUAAAGGUGUGUGUUUGUUUUACUAACAGGACAGGCAAUUAAAUAUCAUCCAAAGAGGUGAAUUAAAUGGUAGAGUUUUAUAACUAUGCAUGCAAAGGAAAUCACACACAGGUGCAAACUGUUAAGUACACAUUUGAAAAUUGACAUGAAACUCAAGAUUUUUAUUUUCCCAUUAAAAAAUGAAAUAAUAUGGCAUACAAA